UUUUUUGCGAAGUUGCAUCGCCCCUGCCACCUCCCUCUGCCUCGCGAGUGUCCCGCCGCCCCGCAGCCUCCUCCUGGAGCUGCGCCCUAGUGCCCUUGCCGGGCAGCGGCGUUGCCCCCCCUUUCGCCCGCGCCCAGCCCCGGCCGCUCCGGGCAGACGAUGCUGAAGAUGCUCUCAUUUAAGCUGCUGCUGCUGACCACGGCUCUGGGCUUCUUCGAAGGAGAUGCUAAGUUUGGGGAAAGAAGUGAAGGGAGCGGAGUGAGGAGGAGAAGGUGCCUGAAUGGGAACCCCCCGAAGCGCCUGAAAAGGAGAGAUAGGCGGAUGAUGUCCCAGCUGGAGCUGCUGAGUGGGGGAGAGAUGCCGUGCGCCGGCUUCUACCCGCGGCUGUCCUGCUGCCUGCGGAGUGACAGCCCGGGGCUGGGGCGCCUGGAUCACAAGAUAUUUUCUGUGACCAACAACACCACCGAAUGUGGGAAGCUACUGGAGGAAAUCAAAUGUGCGCUUUGCUCUCCAUAUUCUCAGAGCCUGUUCCACUCACCUGAGAGGGAAGCCUUGGACAGAGACCUGGUACUCCCCCUGCUCUGCAAAGACUAUUGCAAAGAGUUCUUUUAUACUUGCCGAGGCCAUAUUCCAGGUUUCCUUCAAACUACUGCUGAGGAGUUUUGCUCUUAUUACGCAAGAAAAGAUGGUGGGUUGUGCUUUCCAGACUUUCCAAGAAAACAAAUCAGAGGACCAGCGUCUAACUACUUGGACCAGAUGGAAGAAUAUGACAAAGUGGAGGAGAUCAGCAGAAAGCACAAGCACAGCUGCUUCUGCGUGCAGGAGGUGGUGAGUGGGCUGCGCCAGCCGGUCAGCGCCCUGCACAGCGGGGACGGCUCGCACCGGCUCUUCAUCCUGGAGAAGGAGGGCUACGUGCGCAUACUCACCCCCGAAGGAGACAUUUUCAAGGAGCCUUAUUUGGACAUUCACAAACUUGUUCAAAGUGGAAUAAAGGGAGGAGAUGAAAGAGGUCUGCUAAGCCUUGCAUUCCACCCCAAUUACAAGAAAAACGGAAAGCUCUAUGUGUCUUACACCACCAACCAGGAGCGCUGGGCGAUCGGGCCGCAUGACCACAUUCUUCGAGUUGUGGAGUACACAGUGUCCAGGAAGAACCCCCAUCAGGUUGAUCUGAGAACCGCCAGGGUCUUUCUGGAGGUUGCCGAGCUCCACCGGAAGCACUUGGGAGGACAGCUGCUGUUCGGCCCCCACGGCUUUCUGUACGUCAUCCUCGGGGACGGCAUGAUCACGCUGGACGAUAUGGAAGAAAUGGACGGGUUAAGUGACUUCACGGGUUCUGUCCUGCGGCUGGACGUAGACACGGACAUGUGCAACGUGCCUUAUUCCAUCCCAAGGAGCAACCCGCACUUCAACAGCACCAACCAGCCCCCCGAAGUGUUUGCCCACGGCCUCCACGAUCCAGGCAGAUGUGCUGUGGACCGACAUCCCACUGACAUAAACAUCAAUUUAACAAUACUUUGUUCAGACUCCAAUGGAAAGAACAGAUCAUCCGCCAGGAUCCUACAGAUAAUAAAGGGGAAAGAUUAUGAAAGUGAGCCAUCGCUUUUAGAAUUCAAGCCAUUCAGCAACGGUCCUCUGGUUGGCGGGUUUGUUUACCGAGGCUGCCAGUCGGAAAGGCUGUAUGGAAGCUACGUGUUUGGAGACCGUGAUGGGAAUUUCUUAACUCUGCAGCAAAGUCCCGUGACCAAGCAAUGGCAAGAAAAACCACUCUGUCUCGGCAACGGCGGUUCCUGUCGAGGCUACUUUUCAGGUCACAUACUGGGAUUUGGAGAAGACGAAUUAGGGGAAAUUUACAUUCUAUCAAGCAGUAAGAGUGUGACCCAGACUCACAAUGGAAAACUCUACAAAAUUGUAGAUCCCAAAAGCAGACCCCCCGUGCCCGAGGAGUGCAGGGCGGCCGUGCAGCCGGCCCAGAUGCUCGCCUCCGAGUGCUCCCGGCUCUGUCGGAAUGGCUACUGUACCCCCACGGGAACGUGCUGCUGCAGCCCGGGCUGGGAGGGGGACUUCUGCAGAAUCGCAAAAUGUGAGCCAGCAUGUCGUCACGGAGGUGUCUGUGUUAGACCCAACAAGUGCCUCUGUAAAAAAGGAUAUCUUGGUCCUCAGUGUGAACAAGUGGACAGAAACAUCCGCAGAGUGACCAGGGCAGGUAUUCUUGAUCAGAUCAUUGACAUGACAUCUUAUUUGCUGGACCUAACAAGUUACAUUGUAUAGUUUCUGGGACUGUUUGACUAUUCCUUUCCAAUGGGCAUUUAUUUUUUAUCCUGUCAUUAAAAAGAAAGACUGUUAUCCUGCUACA